AUGGCUCAGAGUGCCAUGAAAGAUGACAUGUCAGUUUCCGACGUUGAAAGGAGGAGGAAGGUCGUCUACGGAUUUGCAGCAGGAGUCCUCGUAGGAGCCGUUGCAGUGGGCAUUAUUGUAGCAGCCGCAAUGUCUAGCAGUUCGGAUAGCGAAGAGGAUGUACGACCAGCAAGUGCAGGAAUAGCCGAGGAAACUAAGAUGACCAAAACUCUGCCGACACGGCCCUCCUUCAGUCCUAGCAUAACUACGACAACGACUACUACGCGAAGGACCACACGUACAGGGUCAACACCCAAGAUACCUACACGGAGUACGCCGAGGUCAACAAGGACGACCAGAAGAAAAACUAAGAGGACCCGGGCUACAAUCCCUCCUUCUCUGUCUGGGUUCGCGGAGCCCUGUGACGUGGUACUUCUGAACAAGUCCGGCGUCUUGCAAUCAAAUCCGGAUAUUCGGAACAGGACCAGGGUUACUUGGUGCGUGGCAACUGAGCCGAGGACCGUGAUUAGCGUGCACUUCGAGAAAGUGAAGUUAACACAGGCAGAGCAGUGCACGAUAGAAAGCAUUCGACUGUUCAACGGUGGCAGUUCAGGCGCUUCGAUGCUACUGAUUGUCUGUGGUCUCACCAUCCCAAAACCAGUCAAGACGACCGGAAACAUUCUUUACGUUGUGUAUCAUCGGGACAAGAACGUUCACAUGGGUGAAUUUAAGGCCCGGUACGUUGCUCUACCUGCGCCAACUUCAAAGCACGCAACGUAAUCUCUACCAACUGCGUUGAAGACUUGUCAUCGAACUCAUGGAACACUACCUGCAUUAAUUCCAAAAUUAUAUGGUGCGAAUAUAAGUGCCGGUACUUAAACCGAUGGCCGGUACUUAAACUGGACAGUGCCUGCAACCUCCCGUUUUCGUUUUACAACGCGUCCCUGCUAUGCCAUGCUGAUACUUAUUCUAAUUAUUACAAUAGGAUUCUAUCUCGUUCGUGUUCCUCUUCUCACAGCAUAAAGCAUUGAGAAAGAUAGGAAACAAAACAUGGUACUUAGGAAAUAAAUCAACGUUAUUACUACAACGCA